AAAAGCUAAACCCUAAUUCUAGCAUUAUCCAUCCGCAAAUCCUAAAUUUCUUCGUCUCCUCGCCGCUAUCUUCCUUAUAAUAUCACCAUUCAGGAUGCCGUGCCCUCUGUAGACGAGGAGCUCCGGAAUGCCGUUGUCCUUUAACCUUUCCUCCUCUACCACCCCCUUCACUCCUCUCCCCCUCUCCCACCUCUCCCAAUUUGUUCCUCACCACUCCUUUCCUCACCGACCAGUCCGAUUAACCGGCUUCGACGGCGUCUUCGUCGACCGAUGCCGGGCGGUAGCCGCGAAGAGGUCGGGGUUUCUAUCGGUGAUAGACAGGGCCAUGGAGGAGGAGGAGGAGUACCGGCGGGCGCGGGCGGAGGUCCGGCGGAAGGGCGUGGAUGUGGAGGGAUACCUCAUCGAGGGGGUCUCCGUGGGCGGCCACGAGACGUGCGUGGUGGUUCCCAGCCUCAACGCCGCCUUUGACAUCGGCCGGUGCCCGUCCAGGGCCGUCCAUCAGGACUUCCUCUUCAUCACCCAUGCUCAUCUCGAUCACAUCGGAGGUCUUCCAAUGUAUUUAGCAACUCGCGGCCUAUACAGUUUAAGACCUCCAACAGUAUUUGUGCCACCAUGCAUUAAAGGGGAUGUGGAGAAGCUACUUGAAAUUCAUCGGACCAUGAGUCAAACUGAACUUAAACUUGAUCUAGUUGCUCUGGAUGUGGGAGAGACCUAUGAAAUACGUAAUGACCUUGUUGUCAGACCAUUCAGAACUCAGCAUGUUAUACCCAGCCAGGGAUAUGUCAUUUAUUCCAUGAGAAAGAAACUGAGAAAACAGUAUGCCCAUUUAAAAGGCACUCAAAUCAAGAAGCUGAAGCUCUCCGGUGUUGAGAUUACAGACACCAUAUUAUCUCCAGAGAUUGCCUUUUCGGGAGAUACGAUGUCUGAUUUCAUUAUUGAGCCUCGAAAUGCAGAUGCCCUGAGAGCAAAAAUUCUUAUCACUGAGGCAACUUACCUAGAUGAAGAAAAUGACAUCGAACACGCGCGAGAACGUGGUCAUAUGCAUUUGUUUGAGAUUUUAGAGCAUGCCCAGUGCUUUCGCAACAAGGCUGUCGUGCUUACCCACUUUUCAUCCAGAUACAGUAUUGAGGAUAUCCGCCAAGCCAUAUCAAAGCUGCAACCGAAGCUCUCUGCAAAGGUUCUUGCUCUCACAGAAGGCUUCAGAUCAAAUUAUUCAUAGUAUGUAACUUUGUAUGUGCCCACCAUCUUUCUAUUUAUUGUAAUUUUCUGUGACACAUUUAAAUUUAAAAUUCAAUCACAAAUUCACUUCUCUAGGCUUGUUGCUAUCUCACGAAAAAGUUUUUUUAUUUUUAGAAAGCUGUUCUAAUGAAAAAGUUAUGCA